AACCCGGAAGACGGGCUCUGCCAGCGGGAGUGUGCGGGCCGGCCCGGCACGGCCAUGCAGCCUCUGGAGGUCUUUUCUCCUGGCAUCCUGUAUUCAUGGCCUUGGCGUUCUGCCUCUGCAUGGCUGAGGCCAUCCUACUCUUCUCGCCCGAGCACUCCCCAUUCUUCUUCUGUUCCCGAAAGGCUCGGAUCCGGCUCCACUGGGCAGGGCAGACUCUAGCCAUCCUCUCUGCAGCCCUGGGCCUCGGCUUCAUCAUCUCCAGCAGGACCCGCAGUGAGCUACCCCAUCUGGUGUCCUGGCACAGCUGGGUAGGGGCCCUGACACUGCUGGCCACCGGUGGCCAGGCACUGUGUGGGCUCUGCCUUCUCUGUCCGCGGGCAGCCAGGGUCUCAAAGGUGGCUCGCCUCAAGCUCUACCAUCUGACUUGUGGACUGGUGGUCUACCUGAUGGCCACAGUGACAGUGCUGCUGAGCAUGUACUCAGUGUGGUUCCAGGCCCAGAUCAAAGGUGCAGCCUGGUACCUAUGCCUGGCGCUGCCCCUCUAUCCAGCCCUCGUGAUCAUGCACCAGAUCUCCAGCUCCUACUUGCCAAGGAAGAAAAUGGAAAUGUGAAUUCCUCCAACUCUGAAUCCAGAUGGAACACUUGUCUUGGACUUCAGUGGUUCCUUUGGUGACCUACAAGGGACCCAACUUCAGAAGUGGUCAGGUUUUUGCACUUCUUAGUUGGGCCAGGAGCUGCUAUUGUUGAGGGAUAACUCAGUGGACCAGAAUGGGGAAGUGUACUGAGUUCAAGUGGAAGGUGAUGGGGACCUUGGUCCUGAAGCCUUCACUCCUUGAUGGGAGAUUGAGUAUUGGGUGGUGGUGGUGGUGGUGGUGGUGGUGAUGGCGCUGGUGGUCAUUUCUUGCUUGUUUGCCUGAUGAAGAGUUGGGCUCCUAUAAGUUAUCAAUGGCAGCCAUGGAUAUUUGGGUCACUUUUGAGAAAGCAGUGUGAUAUAAUAUAGAGAGCCCAUGGGUCUUGUUUAUGGGUUAUGUCCUCUUAGGCUCUGUUAUGUGAACCUAGGUUAGUUCCAUAUCUUAAGACUCAUUUUUCUCUCUGUGAAAUGUUUCUAAACAAUCUCUAAG